AUGCACAUUCCUCGCGCCUGCCACCGCACCGCUUGUCACACCGCCGUCACCGCGGCCGCCAUCGCCUCGACCUUCACGUCGGCUGCACCCACGGCCACCGCUGCCGCCGUCAGCGCUUCCAUCCACCUCCCGGCCGUCGGCGCUGGCUGGGACUACCAGCUCGGCGGCGCGUACACGCCUCCCUCGGGCGUGACCGUCGUCGGGCGCGACCGCACCGCGACGCCGGCCAAGCUCGGGUACGACAUUUGCUAUGUCAACGGCUUCCAGACGCAGGACGGCGAGAAGAGCCUGUGGCCCGCCGCCGCGCUCCUCAAGACCAGCAGCGGCGCGCUCGUGGGCGACCCGGACUGGCCGGGCGAGUACAUUCUCGACACGCGCACGGCCGCGUCGCGCGCCGCCAUCUUCUCGGUCGUCCAGCCGUGGAUUGCGGGGUGCGCCGCCGCCGGAUACCAUGCCGUGGACAUUGACAACCUCGACACGUACACGCGCUUCUCGCAGCUGUCGCAGGCGGGAAACUAUGCGCUCGCGAGCAUGUUCAUCAACGAGGCGCACGCGCACGGCCUGGCCGCGGCACAGAAGAACGACGCCGAGAGCUGCGCGCUCGGCAAGUCGACCGGAUUCGACUUUGCCGUCGCCGAAGAGUGCGCGUACAACAACGAGUGCGCGUCGUACACCGGCGUCUACUCGGUGGUCCUCGGCAUCGAGUACAGCUCGGACGUUUCGGCCUCCACCUUCAAGGAUUCCUACUGCAAGGCCGCGGACCGCCCGAAGAGCCUCAUCUACCGCGACGUCGACCUCGUCCCCAAGGGCAAAUCGGGAUACCUCUACACCCCGUGCCAGUAG